AUGACUUUACUAGCAUUCAUCUUCCUGCUCGCCUUCCUCCCAAAGGAAUCUGCAAGCAGCAGAUACCCCCCCAAGGCAUCAAGUAACCCUGUGUUCGGACCACGGCAGGUAUAUGGUCUGUUCAACGGGUCAGCUACCGUGAAAUGCUUCUACCCUCCAACGAGCGUGAACAGACACGACAGAAAGUACUGGUGCAAGGAAUCGGCCAGGGGCUGCUUUACUGUUGUCUCCACCAGUGGCUACACUGCGCCAGGCUACCAAGGCAGGAUCUCCAUCAUUGACUACCCACAGGCAGAAAACUUCCAGAUUAACAUCUCUGAGCUUAGAGCCACUGACACAGGCACCUACCAGUGCGGUAUUGGUAUCAAUGGCAGAGGGCUCUCCUACAAAGUCAGUCUGGAUGUUUCUGAAGGUCCACAUGUGCCCGAGGGAGCCGAGCUCUUCUACGUGAAGCUGCACAGCACUCUGACCAUGUCCUGCAGCUUCGGGACAGAGUAUGAGAGCAUCAGGAAAUUCUUGUGCAAGAUGGAUAAAAGCGGCUGCCAUAACAUCGUCGAUACUUAUGGGAAUGUUGAUGAGGGUUACACAGGGCGAGUUCUGCUGAGCAGUGAGGAGCUUCCAGGUUCAUUCAGCGUCACGAUAACCCAGAUGGACUGGGAAGACUCCGGCUUGUACCUGUGCGGUGCCGGCGUCUAUGGGGAGAGCGGAGAAACAAAGGAACUGGACGUGCAUGUCUAUGAGGAGACGAAAAUUCCUCAAGGAACUCCCACAAUAACUGGAGUAAAAGGAAGCUCAGCCACUUUUCAAUGCCACUAUAAGCCUCUAAGAUCAGCCUCAGUGAAGUACUGGUGCAAGUGGAGAACGAAUGGGUGUGCUCGGAUCAUAGACAGCUCUGGGUUUGUGCUGGCCUCGUACGAAGGCAGAGUGGCCCUGUACGACAGCCCGGUGAACCAAACGCUCACCAUCGUCCUGAACCAGCUGAGCGACAGUGACAAAGGCUACUACUGGUGCAUGACAGAUGAGGAGAAGGAGCAGCAGUCGUCAACUGAGCUGAAGAUCAUAGACGGAGAACCAGGGCUGACAGGAAAGAAGGAAGUGGAGGCACAAGUGGGUUCGCAGGUCAAUUUGGCUUGCUCUUAUCCAUGCAAGUACUACUCCUACCAGAAAUACUGGUGCAAGUGGAGCAGCACCGGCUGCAGCCCCAUGUCUGCUUCGGACCAAAGGCAGCCGGGGUCGAAUGUCACCUGUAACACUGACAACAAGACAGUCAUCCUCAGCUUCGACUCGGUGGAAAAGACAGACCAAGGGUGGUACUGGUGUGGAGUGAAGCGCAACGGCCGCUUCGGGGAAACCAUGGCCGUGUACCUGCAGGUGACCGGAGGAAGCAGUGCCAGCCGCAGCCUCGACCUCCUGAACGCCGAGCCACCCACCAACAUCAAGCCCCCCAGCCACACCGAGGGUGACAGCGUUCCCAAAGCAAGAGCCAACAUUAAAGAUGGGGUGCAAAGCGUGGCUGCCUCAGAAAGCUCUGAUCAAAGCCGAGGCCCCAGUACGCUUGUUACAACCCUGAGCUCUGCUGGUGCCGUGCUCCUGAUCCUCGUGACAGCUUUCACCGUGUUCAAGUACAGGCAGCUGAAGAGGUCUGACCUGGUGUCCGUCGGGAGCUACAGGACGAACAUCAGCAUGUCAGACUUCGAAAGCGUGAAGGAGUACAGCGCAAGCAAUAGCACCUACGUGAAAGAGAACCAGGAGACUCAGAUAGGAGGGGACGAAUUCUUCACCACUGCGGCCACCCUGGAAAGCGCUGCCGAGACAAAGAAAGCAAAAAGGAGCUCCAAGGAGGAUGCUGACCUCGCCUACUCCGCCUUCCUCCUCACCUCCAGCAGCAUCGCGCAGGGCGGCUCCGAGGGGGACAGCGCUGCCCCCGACAUGUCCCCCCCGAACUGGGAGGGCCAGGCCUGA